GGCAAGGUGGACUCCGGGCGCGGGCGCAUGCGCGCUGUGGGCGCUGGUGCGGGACAGCUGGAGCCGGCGGCGGCGGUGGAGGGGCCGGUGGCGCCGGCCGCGGCGGCCGGGAGCGAGCCGGAGUGCAGGGAGCCGCAGCAGCCGCUGCCCCAGCAGGGAAGGAACCUGAGGAAUCCCGGCUGCCCAGCGACCCUUCUUCACUUUUGGAAAUGGCCGGUGAAAUCACAGAGACUGGGGAGCUCUAUUCUCCCUACGUGGGGCUGGUGUACAUGUUCAACCUCAUCGUGGGCACAGGUGCGCUCACCAUGCCCAAGGCCUUUGCCACCGCGGGGUGGCUGGUCAGCCUGGUCCUGCUGGUGUUCCUGGGCUUCAUGAGCUUCGUGACGACUACCUUCGUGGUAGAGGCCAUGGCGGCAGCCAACGCUCAGCUCCACUGGAAGAGGAUGGAAAACCACCAGGAGGAGGAAGAUGACGACUCUUCCACGGCCUCCGACAGUGAUGUCCUUGUCCAGGACAACUAUGAGCGAGCAGAGAAACGGCCCAUCCUGUCAGUGCAGAGACGUGGAUCUCUGAACCUUUUUGAAAUCACAGACCGGGUGGAAAUGGGACAGAUGGCCUCCAUGUUCUUCAAUAAAGUGGGGGUCAACUUGUUCUAUUUCUGCAUCAUCACGUACCUGUACGGGGAUUUGGCCAUCUACGCUGCCGCCGUGCCCUUCUCCCUGAUGCAGGUGACCUGCAGCGCCACUAGUAACGAAUCCUGUGGCGUGGAGGCCGACAGCAAGCACAACGACACGGACCCGUGCUGGGGGCCCCUGCGCCGUGUGGACGCCUACCGCAUCUACCUGGCUGUCUUCACUCUCCUUCUUGGACCCUUCACCUUCUUCGACGUCCAGAAAACCAAGUACCUGCAAAUCCUGACCUCCCUGAUGAGAUGGGUUGCUUUCGCCAUCAUGAUCGUGCUGGCGCUGGUGCGCAUCGGGCACGGGCACCGGGAGGGGCACCCGCCCCUGGCUGACCUCUCCGGGGUCCGGAACCUGUUCGGCGUGUGCGUCUACUCCUUCAUGUGCCAGCACUCUCUGCCGUCCCUUGUCACGCCCGUGUCCUCCAAGCGCCGCCUCACGUGCCUGGUGUUCCUGGACUACGUGCUCAUCCUCGCCUUCUACGGCCUCCUCUGCUUCACGGCCAUCUUCUGCUUCCGCGGCGACAGCCUCAUGGACAUGUACACCCUCAACUUCGCGCGCUGUGACGUCGUGAGCUCGGCCGCCGUGCGCUUCUUCCUGGGCCUCUUCCCCGUCUUCACCAUCAGCACCAACUUCCCCAUCAUCGCCGUGACCCUCCGCAACAACUGGAAGACGCUCUUCCACCGCGAGGGGGGCACGUACCCCUGGGUCGUGGACCGCGUGGUGUUCCCCACCAUCACCCUGCUGCCCCCGGUGCUGGUGGCCUUCUGCACCCAUGACCUGGAGUCCCUGGUGGGCAUCACGGGGGCCUACGCGGGCACGGGCAUCCAGUAUGUCAUCCCCGCCUUCCUGGUCUACCACUGCCGCAAGGACACCCAGUUGACCUUGGGCUACGGGACGGUCAACAAGCAUAGGUCCCCUUUCCGCCACACCUUCUGGGUGGGCUUUGUGCUGCUCUGGGCUUUCUCCUGCUUCUUUUUCGUCACCGCCAACAUCGUCCUCAGCGAGACCAAGGCUUGAUGGCGGGAUGUGUCUGCUGGUAAGAGAGGUGGGGGCUCCCGUCUGGCGCCCCCGCUCACCUUCCCCCCUGCAGAGCCAAGAGCCAGCUCCUUGCCAGGGUUCCUUGGGGCAGGCGAGGCCAGACUCUGGGAGGGGACCCUCCACAUCUCCGGCUGGAGGGUCUUCUCCCCCCACAAACAGGAUUCUGCGCAGUCUGUGCUGCGCCUCACUCCCCAGGUGACCCUUCCCCGGGGCCGCCCUGCGUGGAGCUGGCCCCAGCCCACUGAGCUGUGCAGCCUGGGCACACGAAUGCCCCAGACUCCACUCUGGGCCACUGCUCUACGCACAGCCCGUACCAGACAAUCACCAGGCAGGCUCCUCCCCCGCCGGUGGGGACAGUGCUGGCACUGCCACUGUUUAUACCAGACACCACGUCCCCUCCUUUGUCCCAGCCCCUCGUGCAUCCUUGUCUGGGGAAUCUGCUCCACUAUUAGCCGCUGCCUCAGAGCCACUCCCAGGCCCUCACCCUGCUCCCCACGGGGAUUGCCAGGAACAGACAGGUCCCACCUUCCCCUCAGGCCUGGAGUAGGCCUGGCCAGCCCCUGUGACGAGAACAGGAAGUGCUGAUCGGCACCAGGUCCCUGGACUGUUGCUGUGCGGGCCCCUGCCGUGGCUGCCAACCUGUCCUGAGCUCCUGGGCCCCUAGUGACUCAGCCCAGGAGACGGUUUAAAGCCCAGAGCCUGUGAUCCCAGAGGGAUGCUCUGCUCUCCUGACUGCCGCAUGCGGCCCACAGGGUCUCCUGCCGUACAGGGGGCUGUGUGUAAGGACCACGGAAGGGACCCCUCCCCCAGCCGCCAUCACAGUGGCUUGGGAGCUCCCUCGGCGUGAGGCGGUGCGCAGGCACUGCUUCCCACCCCCUAAGAGGUCAGGCCUGUGGGCAGCCGCAGGCUUGGCUGUCCCCGCUCCCUCUCCAGUACGAACGGUGGCUCCCUUUGAGCCAGGCUGUGGGUGCUGUGGAGUGAGAUGGGGUACCAUUCUCACGGAAGGAGGGGUGGGUUUCUGGCCGCCUCGCCAGCUCUUCCGUGCUCCCACCCCUGUCACAAGCACGCAUGCGUCUGCUGGGCCAGCCUUCGUGGAAACCCAGGUGACUAGUGAACUCUGCAUUUUCAAUGUGCCUUCUGCUUCAGGACCUGGGGGUCCUUCCUGACCCUCCCUGGCGUGCCCCCAGCCCUGGGCCUGGCCCACCUGUCCUGGAGCCCAAAGCAGCUUGACCUGGAGCUGCCUGUCUGGGGUGGGGUCUCAGGUCCCCAACACCCCCCCCCCUUGAUUUCAGUGCCUUGCUCAGCCCACAUUUGGGAACCUUCAUAGCUUCCUGCACCGCGCGGUGUUCAUUCCUUGGACAGAGUGACCGCACUGGCUCUCCUGGGGCCCCUGGUGGUCUCGGAAGGAGAGGGAGGAAGACCUGGGAUAUGUAGGAACUGGGGAGUCCGUGCCCCCCGCCACGGCCUCCGUAGCUUGGGAGAGCCCGGGGCUGUGUGUGAUUGGCCGUGGUCUGCGUUCUCACUCUUGUCACGCAUCUUAGUCCGUCCCCAAGUAUUGUGAUUUUCCAUCCAUGGAAACAAGACCACCGUUCCCCAUCUGCCACGGCGGCUUCUUCCUGGGAGGCCCCAGUCCCCGGGGGGCAGAGCAGGGAGGGCUCCCGGGGGGUGGGGAAGGGCAGGCACUCAGUGGCCCUCCCUGGAGCUGCCCCGCUGCUGGCCAGAAACACAAAACAUCCAUACUUAGCCCUCCCCAGUUACAUCCCCUCUUGCUUAAGGGCAAAGCAAAUUAAGUCAUUCUGCCACCCCAGGCUCCAAACCAAAUAUUGGACGUGAAUUUAUUAGCAUUAUAAAGCCCAGGUUGAUUUAUAGGACAGUCUGGAGGAACACA